CCUCCUGCAGCUGCUGCUCCUCCACCGACUUACAGUGACACUCACAGAGAGAGCAACCAAACUUGAAAGGUUGAGAGACCCAGCUCAGCUUUAAAGCCUCUCUUCAAGUCUUGAACACACACGUGACAGUUCCAGCACUUUGUGGAGGUUGGCAUGCCCUGGACCAGACCCCAGGUUGACCUUCAUGCUGGUAGAGCAGAGACCAUGGUUCAUUAUAGCAUAGACGACCACCACUACGAGGGCUCCUUGUUCCCCGCCUCCACCCUCAUCCCUGUCACUGUCAUCUGCAUCCUCAUCUUCAUCAUCGGGGUGACCGGAAACACCAUGACCAUCCUCAUCAUCCAGCACUUCAAGGACAUGAAGACAACGGCCAACCUCUACUUGUCCAGCAUGGCGGUGUCCGACCUCAUCAUCUUCCUCUGCCUGCCUUUUGAUCUCUACCGCCUGUGGAAGUACGUGCCGUGGCUCUUCGGCGAGGCGGUGUGUCGCUUCUAUCACUACAUCUUUGAGGGGUGCACCUCAGCCACCAUCCUUCACAUCACGGCCCUGAGCAUCGAGCGCUACCUGGCCAUCAGCUUCCCUCUCAGGAGCAAGGUGCUGGUGACCAGGCGCAGGGUCCAGUACAUCAUCCUCGCCCUGUGGGGUUUCGCUCUGGUCUCGGCAGCUCCAACACUCUUCCUGGUUGGAGUGGAGUAUGACAACGAAACACACCCCGACUACAAUACAGGGCAGUGCAAACACACCAGCAACGCCAUCAUCUCUGGACAGCUGCACAUCAUGCUCUGGGUGUCCACCACCUACUUUUUCUGCCCAAUGCUCUGCCUCAUCUUCCUCUACGGCUCCAUCGGGUACAAGCUGUGGAAAAGCAAAAAUGACCUACAAGGCCCCUGCGCUUUGGCCCGGGAAAGGUCACACAGGCAAACAGUCAAGAUCCUAGUGGUGGUGGUGCUGGCUUUCAUCAUCUGCUGGCUGCCCUACCACAUUGGCAGGAACCUCUUUGCCCAGGUGGACGACUACGACACGGCCAUGCUGAGUCAGAAGUUCAACAUGGCCUCCAUGGUGCUCUGCUACCUCAGCGCCUCCAUCAACCCUGUCGUCUACAACCUCAUGUCUCAGAAGUACAGGGCUGCAGCCAAACGCCUGUUCCUACUGCACUGUCGAUCCGGACAAGCCAACCAGGGCCAGAGGCAGCUCUCCCACAUCUCCACCCUGAAUGAAAGCCUGACGGUGGUUUGA